AUGGCCGGAGUCUUGGAGAAUCAAUCAGGCCACUCGAGUGCAGAUAACUCGAGUGCAGAUAGCUCGACUGGCGAUUUGGCUCACACUGACAAAAAUGGAGCCACGGUGCUUUUCAACGAACAAACCAAUUAUGUACCUAGGCGCACCAUUAUCACGAUCUUUCUGGCGUGCUCCAGUGUUGACUUGUUGGCUUUGAUGGACCAGACGAUGCUGGCGUCUAGUUUGUCUAUUAUUGGAAAUGCUUUGGGGGCGAGUGAUCAGACUUCAUGGAUUUCUGGAGGUUAUUUUGUUACAUCGACUUGUUUCCAGCUACUUUAUGGAAGACUGUCGGAUAUCUGGUCGCGCAAAAUUGUACUUUUCGUCGGCCUUGGGAUCUUCUUUAUUGGAUCGCUAGUUGCGUCUCUUGCGCAAAAUGCCACACAACUCAUCGUUUUUCGGGCCUUAACCGGUGUCGGGGGCGGCGGGUUAGUGACCGUCGCGCAGUUGAUCGUCAGUGAUAUUGUUCCUCUCCGUGAGCGAGGGAAGUACCAGGGUAUUCUUGGUGCUGUGGUCGCUAUUGCCAACGGUAUCGGUCCUGUCAUCGGCGGAGCUCUGGCUUCAAUAUCGCAGGACUCAUGGCGAUGGAUCUUCCGAUUGAACCUGCCUUUGACGGUGAUCACAACCCUGUCAGUGCUUUUCUACAUGCCUUUGCGAAAAGUGGAAGGGGAUUGGAAGCUGAAAUUGAAGGCCAUUGAUUUCUUCGGGGCAUUGCUGGCUCUGGGAGGUACUUCAGUUCUACUGCUGGGUUUGAACUGGGGUGGUGGCGAGUACCAAUGGGACUCGGCACAUGUCAUUGCGACUCUUGUAGUUGGAUUCGCUAUUUCGGUGGCUUUUGUUGCCUGGCAAUGGAAAGGUGCUCGUAUUCCACUGGUGCCGGUACACAUCUUUAAGGGAAGAAUCGUCAAUGGUGCCUGUCUCACUAUGUUCAUCAACGGAUGGAACUUCUUGGUUCAGAUUUACUACAUUCCCACCUUCUAUCAGCUGGUGUUCGGUUAUUCGACGGUGAAAGCAGGUGCUAUGCUGCUUCCAAUUACACUGAUGCAAACGGUCAGUAGCACCGGUUCUGGCCUCAUCGUCCACUGGGUCGGUCGUUAUCGCGAAUCCAUUUUAUUUGGUUGGAUCAUUUGGGCCGUCGGACUCGGCCUCUUCUCUACACUUGAUCAAUCGUCUGGGAUUGGAAAACAGAUUGGUUAUGGGCUCUUAACCGGCGUGGGUGUUGGGAACACGCUACAGCCAUCCCUGAUUGCCGUUCAAGCUGGCGUCGAGCGACGAGAUAUGGCGGUGGUCACAUCCUUCCGCAACUUUGUGCGAAAUCUCGGUGGCACACUCGGUCUCGCGAUCGCCGGAACGAUCAUUAACAAUAUCGUUUCAUCAUCUAUCUCAACUCUCGAUCUCUCUGCAUCUGAAUCUCGCUCUCUGCUUUCCAGUCCGCAGACCUACUUAUCCAAACAAUCCGGUGAAGACGCCAAUCAUAUCCGCAGUGUCCUCAUCCCUGCAUAUCAGAAAGGAUUCCGUAUUAUCUUCAUCAUUGGCGCGUCGUUAGCAGCUCUCGCUUUCUUCUUGGCAUGUGGAUUGAUGCCCCAGCUCGGGUUGAAGCGAGCAGACGAUGACGCUUUGAAGAAGGAAGGAGAGAAGCAGAAUAAUGGUGAACUGGAUGAGGAGAAGCAAGGAUAA